AGGCUGGAGCGCGCACUCCGCCUGCAGCCGAGCAGCGGCCGGGGAGCCGCCACCAUGCCAUCCCCGCGCCGCCUGCGCUGACCUGGUACCGCGCGGCCGCAGCGCUCCGUGCCCGGCUGCGGACGCACCCGGGGCUGCGCACGCGGGAGCGCGCCUGACGCGGAGGACCGCAGCUCCCAGCGCCGGCGAGGAAGAUCGCGCGGUCACCGCUCGCGCGUUGGGCAGCCACUGGUGAAUGUCCUGUGACGGAGAAGCCAGGCUUUGAACCUCAUUAUUAUGCCUUUGGAGAUGGAGCCCAAAAUGAGCAAACUGGCCUUCGGGUGCCAGAGAAGUUCCACGUCAGACGACGAUUCUGGCUGCGCGCUGGAAGAGUAUGCCUGGGUCCCACCAGGCCUCAGGCCUGAGCAAAUCCAGCUUUACUUUGCUUGCUUGCCGGAGGACAAGGUCCCUUACGUGAACAGCCCCGGAGAGAAACACCGGAUUAAACAGCUUUUGUACCAGUUGCCACCACAUGAUAACGAGGUGCGGUACUGCCAAUCUUUAAGUGAAGAGGAGAAAAAGGAGCUGCAGGUGUUCAGUGCACAGAGGAAGAAAGAAGCGCUCGGGAGAGGAACCAUUAAGCUCUUGUCCAGAGCUGUGAUGCAUGCGGCGUGUGAGCAGUGUGGAUUGCAGAUGAACGGAGGGGAGGUCGCGGUGUUUGCCUCCCGCGCAGGCCCCGGAGUAUGCUGGCAUCCGUCCUGCUUUGUCUGCUUCACGUGCAAUGAGCUACUGGUCGACCUCAUCUAUUUCUAUCAGGAUGGAAAAAUUCACUGUGGCAGGCACCAUGCAGAACUGCUCAAACCUCGGUGCUCAGCCUGUGAUGAGAUAAUCUUCGCUGAUGAGUGCACAGAAGCCGAGGGUCGCCACUGGCACAUGAAACACUUCUGCUGCCUGGAAUGCGAGACGGUCCUGGGGGGGCAGAGGUACAUUAUGAAGGAUGGCCGCCCCUUCUGCUGCGGCUGCUUCGAGUCUCUCUACGCGGAGUACUGUGAAACGUGUGGGGAGCAUAUUGGUGUGGACCAUGCACAGAUGACCUAUGACGGGCAACACUGGCAUGCCACAGAGGCCUGCUUUUCCUGCGCUCAGUGUAAGGCCUCUCUGCUGGGAUGCCCCUUCCUUCCAAAGCAAGGUCAGAUUUAUUGCUCCAAGACCUGCAGCCUAGGCGAAGACAUGCACGCCUCCGAUUCUUCCGACUCUGCCUUCCAGUCUGCCCGAUCCAGGGACUCGAGGAGAAGCGUGCGGAUGGGCAGAAGCAGUCGCUCCGCAGACCAGUGCAGACAGUCUCUGCUCCUCUCCCCUGCUCUGAACUACAAGUUCCCCGGUCUUAACGGCAAUGCUGACGACACCCUAUCUCGGAAGCUGGACGACUUGAGUCUCUCCCGGCAGGGAGCAGGCUUUGCUAAUGAGGAGUUCUGGAAAGCCAGAGUCGAUCAGGAAGCCUCCGAAGAACCUGAAGAAUGGGCCGAACAUGAGGAUUACAUGACACAGCUCCUCCUCAAAUUCGGGGAUAAAAGCCUCUUCCAGCAGCAGCCCGGUGAGGUGGAGAUUAGAGCCAGUGAGCACUGGAUGCCUGACAGCAUGGUCAAAAACAAGCCUGAGGUGAAGCCAAAUCACCAGGGCCUGGUCAGUAAGAAGUACCAGUCUGAUAUGUAUUGGGCACAGUCCCAGGACGGGCUAGGUGACUCUGCCUAUGGCAGUCAUCCUGGCCCUGCCAGCAGCCGCAGGCUGCAAGAGUUGGAUCUGGACCACGGUGCUGCCGGGUAUAACCAUGACCAAAGCCAGUGGUAUGAAGACUCCCUGGAGUGUCUGUCUGACCUGAAGCCAGAACAAAGUGUCCGGGAUUCUAUGGAUUCUUUGGCGUUGUCCAAUAUCACAGGAGCAUCAGUGGACGGAGAAAGCAAGCCCAGGCCGUCAUUAUACUCUCUGCAGAACUUUGAGGAGGUGGAGGCUGAGGACUGUGAGAAAAUGAGCAACAUGGGCACUCUGAACUCCUCCAUGCUGCACAGGAGUGCGGAGUCCUUAAAGAGUCUGAAUUCAGAGUUAUGUCCGGAAAAAAUCAUGCCUGAGGAAAAGCCAGUCCACCUGCCAGUGCUCAGAAGAUCCAAGUCUCAGUCCAGACCUCAGCAGGUCAAGUUCUCGGAUGACGUCAUUGACAACGGGAGCUAUGACGUCGAAAUCCGGCAGCCUCCCAUGAGUGAAAGGACUCGGAGACGCGUGUAUCACUUUGAAGAAAGGGGAUCCAGGCCUCACCACCAUCGCCACCGGAGAAGCAGGAAGUCGCGGUCCGACAAUGCCCUGAACCUGGUCACGGAAAGGAAGUACUCUCCCAAGGACAGACUUCGUCUGUACACGCCGGAUAACUAUGAGAAAUUCAUACAGAACAAAGGCGCCCGGGAGCUUCAAGCGUACCUGCAGAAUGCCGAUCUCUACGGCCAGUAUGCCCAUGCCACGUCUGAUUACGCCCUGCAGAACCCAGGAAUGAACAGGUUCCUGGGCCUCUAUGGGGAUGAUGAUGACUCCUGGGGUUCGUCCUCCACGUCCUCCUCCGACUCCGAAGAAGAAGGCUAUUUUCUCGGACAACCGAUCCCUCAGCCGCGGCCGCAGAGAUUCACCUACUACACAGAUGACCUUUCUAGUCCAACGUCUGCACUGCCCACUCCACAGUUUAGCCAGAGGACAACUAAAUCCAAGAAGAAAAAAGGACACAAGGGCAAAAACUGUAUUAUUUCUUAACCAAGUAGACCCCGAGGGGAUCUGUUUAAAAGUUAGCCAUUUAACCCGGACUUGGACCUUUUAUUCACUCUAGGAGAGUUCGCUGAAAUAGUGUGAAGUGCUUCCUUGGCCUACGUAAAUGAGAGCCUACUGCUGUUUACAGUCAGAUUAACACACAGAGAGGGGUGGCCUCCUCCAG